AUCUGUAGUUGUUGUAAAAGGAGAUAACUCCGCAGUGUUGGUUAUUCCCAUCGGGACCGGCGUAGCCGGAGCCCUCGUUAAAGUACGAAACGUAUUAUCUUUAACAUAAGACGCGUUAGUUAAGUACCAACACGCUAACAUGGCGCCUAAGCGCGGCGGUGGUGGCGGCGAGCGGGUGGAGGCUCGCACAGCCCUCACCGCGGUGCUGUUGGCGGAUAGCUUUACUCAGCGCUUUCGGCCAAUUACUGUCGAGCGACCGAAGGCGUUGCUGCCUCUUGUAAAUGUGCCGAUGAUCGAGUAUGCGCUGGAAUGGCUGGCUAUGAACAGCGUCGAGGAGGUCUUUGUGUUCUGCUGCGCGCACGCGGACCUCAUAAAGCGCUACCUGGCGGAGUCCAAAUGGGCGCACAGCAGGGACAUGAAGGUCACCCCCAUCGUGUCCACCAACUGCCUGUCCGCCGGCGAGGCUCUGCGCCUGAUCGACCAGCGCGACCUCAUCAAGGGCGACUUCGUGCUGUGCUCCGCGGACACCGUCAGCAACAUGCGGCUGGGGCCCAUGCUGGAGGCGCACCGGGCGCGGAGGGCGGCGGACAAGAACGCAAUUAUGACGCUGGCCAUGAAGCCGGUGCAGCACCCCUCCCAGCGGCUGCGGCUGGGCGACUCAGACCUGGUGGUGGUGCUGGAUGCUAGCAACCAGCGGCUGCUCAAGUACACGGAGGUGGACCCGGGGCGCCACCCGCCGCUGGCCAAGGUGGACUGCGCGCUGUUCGGGGAGCGGGACGAGGUGCAGGUUCGCCUGGACCUGAUGGACACCGCCAUCGCCAUCUGCGCCCCCGAGGUGCUGCUGCUCUUCUCAGACAACUUCGACUACCAGAACAUCAAGCGCGACUUCGUGUCGGGUGUUCUGUCGGAGGAGGAGCUGGGCAACAAGCUCUACGUGUACGAGCUGCGCCACGAGUACGCGGCGCGGGUGCACAACCUGCGCUCCUACGACGCCGUGUCGCGGGACGUGCUGCAGCGGUGGGCCUUCCCCUUCGUGCCCGACACCAACGUGCUGUCGCUGGGGGGCAACCCCACGUGGGGGCAGACCAGCUACCGCUUCUCCCGGGGCCACCGCUACAUCGAGUCCACCGUGUCACUAGCCCGCUCCACCAUCCCGGGGGAGGACGUGUGCAUCGGCGCGGGCAGCAGUCUGGGCGAGGGCAGCCGGGUGGUGCAGUCGGUGGUGGGGCGCAACGUGCGCAUCGGUCGCAAUGUGGACAUCCUGGGCAGCUACGUGCAGGACGGGGUGAUCAUCCAGGACGGCGUGGUGCUCCGCUCGGCGCUCAUCUGCGAGGGUGCCGUACUGCGCACCGGCUGCUGCGUGGGUCCCGGAGCCAUCGUGUCGUACAACUGCGUGGUGGACAGCCGCCACGUGGUGCCGCCGUACACCCGGAUCAGCCUCUGCCAGCAAGUCAUUGGAGCGCAAAACGACAGCGACGAUGAGCUGGAGUACUCCACUGCGGGCGGGGCGGCGGGCGGGGCGGCGGGGGCGGCAGCAGCAGCGGCAGCAGCAGCAGCGGGCAAGGCAGGCGGCAAGCAGCAGCAGCGGGGGCGGGGCCGGGGGGCGGCCAGCAGCGAUGAGGAUGAUGACGAGGAUGAUGACGAGGAGGAGGACGAUGACGACAGCUACCACCGGGUAGACCAGUACGGCAAGAGUCUUGAGCGCCCCAGCAGCAGUGCGCUGCGGGCCGCGGAGGCGCUGGCGGUGGGGCGGCAGCUGCAGGGGGAGGAGGCGGCGGUGCGAUUCCAGUCCGCCGCAGUGGGCUCCAACGGCGCGGGCUACGUGUGGGACCCGCGGGAGGGGCCGCAGGACCUGGACCGCUUCUCAAUCGCACCGCCCACAACGUCUCUCGUGAUGGCGGACGAGGCAGCGGAGGAGGCGGCGGCGGCGGCAGCGGCGGCCGGUACGACAGGUGGCAACGCGCAGGCUGGCGGCGGCGGCGGAGAGGGCGGCGGCGGCGGCAGCGGCGACGACAGCGACGCUGACUCGGACGAGGGGGGUCGCGACCCGGAGCGCGUGUGGCGGCGGGAGGUGGAGGAGACCUUCCUGCGCUGCAUCAAGAUGCGCUUCGAUGUGUCCAACGUUGUGAUCGAGUUGAACGGGUUGAAGAUCGCGGAGGACCGCACCUUCGCCGACUGCGCGCGCUACAUGCUGACGGCGCUGCUGGCGCUGGGGCUGCCGCCGCCCCCCCGCACCCCGCAGGACUACCUGCCGCUGUUUAAGGCCGUCGCGCCCGACACCCGCACCUCCGAGGGCAAGCUGGCGCUGCUGCGCGGCUUCAAGCAGGCGCUGCAGGACUGGCGGGACCUGCUGCAGCGCUUCCUGCGCAGCGAGGAUGAUCAGGUUGAGUUGCUGCUGACCCUGGAGGAGUACUGCAACUGCGAGGGGGUGUUCGAGGCGGACGGGGGCGGAGGCGCGCACUACGCGCCGCUCUUCGCACACAUCCUGCGACAGCUGUACGACACUGACGUGGUGAGCGAGGAGGCUCUGCUUGCGUGGGCUGACGAGAAGGCGGCUGCGGACGCGGAGGAGCGGCGCUACGUGGAGCAGCCGGACGUGAAGCGCUUCCUGGAGUGGCUGAGGGAGGAGGAGGAGAGCGAGGAGGACGACGACGAGGAUGAUUGAGGGAGGG